AUGUUAAAGUCAUUGAGAUUUUUUCAGUUUGUAAGGAGGAAAAAGAAGGAUAAAGUGAAGCCGGGGGCAGAGGAUCAAACCCAGACCAUCACAUAUAAAAGUACGAAGAUACUGAAUACAAAUGGCAAAGGUGCAGAAACUCCGAAACAACCACUGGAGGCUCACUUGGGAUCAGGCACACGUGACAGAGACAUAAUACCACCGUCGCUUGAUCACAUCGAGGAAGUGCAGAUAGUAGAGCCAACUCCAUCUCUGAAUGAGGAUGGUUUACAGAAGAGCAAUGUAGAGGUGCAACUCAUAAAUCAGCAACAGAAAACAAGUAGCAAAGGUGCAGAAACUCCUAAACAACCAAGGGAGACUCACUUGGGAUCAGGAACACGUGACAGAGAUAUAAUACCACCGUCCCUUGAUCACAUCAAGGAAGUACAGAUAGCAGAGACAAGUCCAUCCUUGAAUGAGGAUGGUUUAAAAAUUAACAGUGUAGAGGUGCAGGUUAAAGAUAAGAGUCUAGAAAAUUUCAUGUUCCACAAAGUGCUUGGAAGGGGUGGAUAUGGCAAGGUUGUUCUGGCUGAACUCAGAGGCACAGGUGAGGUUUUUGCGUUAAAGAUGCUGAGGAAAGACAAAAUUCUGAAUUAUAAACAUAUGCGCCAAACUCUGCUGGAGAGAGAUAUCCUGGUUAUGACUGCAGAACACCCCUAUCUAGUCCAACUCUGCUUCUGCUUCCAGACAAGUGAUCUCUUGUGCUUUGCUUUGGAGUACCUGAAUGGAGGUGAUCUUGAUUACCACCUUGCACACACUCGAUUCACAGAAUCACACUCCUGCAUUUAUGCUGCUGAGAUCACCUCUGCUCUCAUGUUUCUCCACCGUAACGGGAUCAUUCAUAGAGACCUCAAACCUAGCAAUGUCCUGUUAGAUGCCGAUGGCCACUGCAAGCUUGCUGACUUUGGCUUGUGCAAAAAGGACAUUCUAGAUGGCAAGACCACCAACACAUUAUGUGGUACACCUCAGUACAUGGCACCUGAGAUACUGAUGAAAUAUAAAUAUGGUGCUUCGGUGGACUGGUGGUGUCUAGGUGUUAUCAUGUAUGAGAUGAUGGUGGGCUAUCCUCCGUUUAUUGCUUCAAAUGAGAAAAAGGUGUUCAAGUCGAUCCUUAUGGAUAGUCCUUGCUAUCCUUUUUUUCUGAGCAGAGAGGCGAAAGAAAUUCUCAAGGCAUUCCUAGUGAAGAUUCCUAAGGCUCGGCUUGGCUGCGUGGUGUCCCAGGGCCAGGAGGAAGCCAUCAAAGUUCAUCCAUUCUUUAAGAAGAUUGACUGGGUGCUUUUGGAACAGAGGAAGAUCAAGACCCCUUUUAAACCAAAAAUGAAUGCCAAUAACUUUAAAGGACCCCUCAGUCAUCAGGUGGUCAGGCUUACUCCCAUUGAUGAUUCAAAAAUUACGCCAAAUUUGCAGAGGUUCUUUAAUAACUUCUCCUACUGUAACCCCAAAUAUCGAUAA